AUAUCUUCGCGAAGAAAACCGAGUGAAGCAGUGGAGCGAAGAAACAGAGCGGCGAGGAGCAUUUCUGCGAUUCAAUUUCGAUGUGAAUCAGAGCUAAUCCAGCUCUGAAUUCGUGUAGCUGAGUUAACUCGGCUCGCCUGCGAUUCACAAAUGGGCCACAGCUCGGAAAGUUCCGACGACGAAGAGACCAAUAGCAAUCAUGCCAUUACCUCCGAGGCCUUCCACUCGAUCCGCGACCGUUUUCGCUUCAAGCGGAACCCUAAUUCCAGUAGCACCCUCCCGCGCGUCUCCAGAGGGCCGCAGUCAUCGGCCGCUGCCGCGGAUCGGCAGUGGAAGGCGUCGGGUGGCGGCCGAUCUCACCACCACCGGUCCCUGACCAGGAGGAUGCUUUUGUUCUUCUCGUUCAGAGGCAAAUCCUGGUCCUAUUUGUGCAUAUUCUUCGUGAUUUUUAUGUUCGCAUUGGCGUCCAUGGCGCUCCAGAGCUCCAUCAUGUCGGCGUUGAGACAAGGUGGGGGGAGUGAGAGAGGGCGAUGGCGGUGGCAUGUUAGGGAUGACUUGAAGUUAGGGACCUCACUGGAGUUUAAGCCGUCGCGGAGGUUUAAGUUUGGCAAUGGUCUUGAUCGGCUCCGGAGUCAGCCUAGGAUCGGAGUUCGGCUCCCGCGUAUUGGUCUAAUCUUAGGAGAUAUGAAGAAAAAUCAACUGUCCUUGAUGCUAUAUACUGUGAUGAAGAAUUUAAAGGGAUUGGGCUAUCUGAUUAAGAUUUAUGCUUUAGAGGAUGGCAAUGCGAGCUCAUUGUGGGAAACAAUAGGGAAAGUUUCAGUUUUAGAUGCUGAAAGAUGUAGCUAUAUUGACUGGUCAAUUUUUGAUGGUGUCAUUGCCGACUCUCUUGAAGAUAAAAGAGCCAUUUCAAGCCUUAUGCAGGAGCCAUUUUGCUCUGUGCCACUUAUAUGGAUAAUUCAUCAAGAUACACUAGCAAAUAGGCUUCAAGUGUAUGAGAGUAUGGGCUGGGAGCAUCUUAUUUUACAUUGGAGGAGUGCAUUCCGCAGGGCUGAUGUUAUUGUGUUUCCAGAUUUUUCUUUGCCGAUGUUAUAUAGUGUGUUUGACACUGGAAACUUCUUCGUCAUACCUGGAUCACCAAAAGAUGUUUGGGCAGCUGAAAGCUACAGUAAGACCCAUUCCAAAUAUCAGUUGAGGGAGGAGUAUGGUUUUGAUAAAAAUGAAAUACUUGUUAUGGUUGUUGGAAGUUCAUUUCUCUACAGCAGGCUAUCAUGGGAUUACGUUAUGCCUAUGCGUGAGAUGGAACCUCUACUAAUAAAAUAUGUGGGAUUAAAAGAAGAUAUGGGUGAUAGACUAAAAUUCAUGUUCCUGUCUGGAAACACUACUGAGGGAUAUAAUUAUGCUUUACAGGAUGUUGCUACCCGCCUUGAACUGGAUCAAGGAUCCUUAUACAGUUAUGGUGUAAAUAGCGAUGUCAAUGGUCUUAUAAUGAUGUCUGACAUUGUACUUUAUUCUUCUUCUCAAGAUGAGCAGAGCUUUCCUCCAUUACUAAUACGAGCCAUGUCAUUUGGAAUUCCCAUUGUUGCAUCUGAUUACCCUGUCAUACGUAAAUAUGUUGUUGAUGGGGUUCAUGGAAUGACAUUUCCACAGCAUAGUUCUGAAGCAUUGAUGACGGCUUUCUCACUUCUGAUCUCUAAUGGAAAACUUACAAAAUUUGCCCGUUCUAUUGCAUCUUCUAGCAGACUGGUUGCUAAGAAUAUGCUUGUAUCUGAAUGCAUUACAGGCUAUGCAAAACUGCUAGAGAAUGUCUUCAAUUUCCCAUCAGAUGUUGUACUUCCGGGUAAUUCUUCUCAGAUUAAUCAGGGCAUGUGGGAAUGGUAUUAUUUUCAUGAAGAAGAAAACACUGGCGACAUGGAGGAUAAGGAUCCAGUUAAUCCGAGCGUAGUUUUUGACCUUGAGGAACACAUGGCCAAUUUUGUUUCUGUGAAGAAUGCCUCUGAUGACAGUAAUGAUUCUUUAGAUGUGGAUUCUCCAACUGAGUUGGAUUGGGACAUUUUAACAGAAAUAGAGAGCUCUGAGGAAGUUGAUAGAUUAGAAAUGGAAGAGAUGGAGGAAAGAAUGGAGAAACACAUUGGUGAGUGGGAUGAGAUAUAUCGCAAUGCUCGUAAAUCUGAGAAGCUGCGGUUUGAAACGAAUGAGCGGGAUGAGGGAGAGCUAGAAAGGACAGGACAAUCUUUGUGCAUUUAUGAGAUUUACAAUGGAGCUGGGGCUUGGCCAUUUCUACAUCAUGGUUCUUUGUACCGUGGAUUAAGCCUUCUGACGAAAGCACGAAGGUUGAAGUCAGAUGAUGUGGAUGCUGUUGGCCGCCUUCCCUUGCUGAACGAGACAUAUUAUAGAGAGAUCCUUUGUGAGAUUGGAGGCAUGUUCUCAAUUGCAAAUGGGAUAGAUAAUAUUCAUAAGCGACCUUGGAUUGGAUUUCAGUCAUGGCAAGCCACUGGGAGGAAGGUCUCUUUAACUAAAAGGGCAGAGCAGGCUCUGGAAGAAACAAUACGGGGAAAUACUAAAGGAGAUGUAAUAUAUUUUUGGGCACACUUAGAAGUUGAUAGUGGGCUUGCAGGAAGGAAUAAUGCACUUACAUUUUGGUCCAUGUGUGACAUUCUGAAUGGAGGGAACUGCAGAAAUUCCUUCCAAGAUGCAUUUCGUAGAAUGUAUGGUUUACCAUCACACUUGGAAGCUCUUCCACCCAUGCCUGAAGAUGGUGGGCAUUGGUCUGCCCUGCAUUCAUGGGUGAUGCCAACCCCUUCAUUUUUGGAGUUUGUAAUGUUCUCCAGGAUGUUUGCCGACUCCCUCAACGCUUUGCAUUUAAAUUCAAGCAAGACCUCUGAUCGUUUACUGUCAUCAUCGACGAUUGAGAUGAACCACUGGUACUGUCGCACUUUGGAACUCUUAGUAAAUGUCUGGGCAUAUCAUAGUGGUAGAAAGAUGGUCUAUAUUGAUCCUCAUUCAGGUUUGUUGGAAGAACAACAUCCUGUUGAGAAGCGAAAAGGAUUUAUGUGGGCAAAGUACUUCAACUUUACUUUAUUAAAAAGUAUGGACGAAGACCUAGCCGAGGCUGCAGAUGAUGACGACCAUCCAUAUGAAAAUUGGAUGUGGCCUUUGACAGGUGAGGUUUACUGGCAAGGGAUUUACGAGAGGGAGAGGGAAAACAGAUAUAGGUUAAAAAUGGACAAGAAGAGAAAGACGAGAGAGAAACUAUUUGACAGGAUGAAAUAUGGGUAUAAACAAAAGACUCUUGGAGGAUAGAUAAUCCUUAGCUUAACGAGUUUUGGCAUUACGAAUCACUUGGCUCCUGAAGCAGCAGAAGAAUCACUCAUUUUUUGUUCCCGAGUUCUGGACUGAAGAGUUGAGCGCCGAUGGAGUGGCUUGAUUCUUUCUAACAACAUAAACAUAGCUCACACUGACAUACAUGACUGACUUGAUGAUUGCACAGAUUUAUAUAUGGUAAUGACAGGAGGCUUAGCAAGCAGGGAACAAGUUUAAAAACUUGGCUCGCCCUCAGUUUUGAGACUCAGAGGAGAGGAGGAUUGCCCGAGUUUUGAACCCAAACCGACCCAUCAGUGCAUGAUUUGCUAGAUGCUAUUAUUUCUUCAGUUCAGACUGGACAAUUUUGCAUAUUGUAUUCUUUCAUGUAAAUACAGAUUUACAAUAAUGGUUUCAUUUUUAAUUUUGAGGAG